AUGGCAGAAUUUUUUGACUUAGGAACACAUUGUGGAUAUGUUGAUUGUAGAAAAUUAGAUUUUCUUCCAAUGAAAUGUGAUGCUUGUUCUGAAUGUUUUUGUGGACAACAUAUUCAAUAUAUAAGUCAUGAAUGUAAAAAAGGUUUAGAAAAAGAUAAUCAAGUCCCUAUUUGUCCUAUGUGUAAUAAACCUGUUCCUGUAGGAAGAAAUGAAAACAUUGAUAUAAAAAUGAGUCAUCAUAUAGAUAGUGGUUGUAAAAUAAAGAAAAAGAAAAUAUUUACUAAUUCAUGUAAUGUAGAAAAUUGUAAAAAAAAAGAAUUAAUUCCAAUAGAAUGUAGUAAAUGUGGAUUAAAUUAUUGUAUUUCUCAUAGAUUUCCCAAAGACCAUGAUUGUGAAAAAAGGAAAACAAUAUCAAAUGUCAAAAAUUCAGUGGUUUCAAGGGCAAAUAUAACACAAAACAAUGUUUGUAGAAAUGAUGUUUUAGAUGAUGAAAUGUUAGCUAAAACAUUGCAAAAUAUUUUAAUGGAAAAUCCAAAUUUAUCACAAGAAGAAAUAGAUCGGAAAUUGGCUGAACGAAUGGAAAAUAUUAGACUUCAUAUGCAAAAUAGUCGAAGGCAAGUUCCAUUGAAUCAUAACCAAAAUCAAAAUGUUUGUCAAAUUCAAUAA